CUUUUCAAAGGUCAAACGUAAUAAUUUCGUUUUAAAAUGUUGAAAUUUGUUUUAAUUGUUGUAAUUUUUAACCCAGUUUUGAGCCAACUGAAUAAAAUCAUCGACUUGACUUGGGAUUUCAGCAAUGAGACAGUCUACUGGCUUGGGGUAACCCCCUUCGAAUUUACAAAAACCGUCGGACAUAACGAAAGGGGCUAUUGGUAUGCGGCUAACGAAUUCCGUGCUGGCGAGCAUGGGGGCACCCACUUCGACGCCCCUUACCACUUCAAUGCAAACGGCUGGAAAGUGGACCAAGUCCCAGUUGAGAGACUUGUAGCAAAAGGGGCAACAAUUGACUUGAGCCAAAACAGCACCAAAGCCCUCGAACGCCACCAUUUGGAAAAUUGGGUGCGACAAAAUGGCGACUUUCCGGAAAAUACCGUGCUUUUAGUCAAAUUUGGGUGGUCCAAGCACUGGCCAAGACGCAGCAAUUAUUUUGCUGUAACUCCAGACGGAAAAUUCGAUUUUCCCGGUUUGUCCCCUGAAGCUGCAUCGUGGAUCGCCGAAACAGGUAAAAUCGUGGGUGUGGGGCUUGACACACCCAGUGUGGACCCAGGGACAAGCACCGACUUUCAAGCACACAGGAUUUUGGCCAAAAACAUGAUCUAUAUUAUGGAAAAUGUGAAAAUUUUGGAAAAUUUGCCACCUAAAGGUUUCACCCUUGUUGCUUUACCAAUGAAAAUCAAGAAUGGGACAGGGGCCCCGUUGAGGGUCCUAGCCCUCCCGAAUAAUCUCAACUCAGAGUAAAAUUUUAUUCAAUCCAAUUCAAGUUUCUUGAAAUUGCCAUAAAAACCCAAAAAAUCGUCAUUAUCCAAUUUGUAGGGGCGCAAAUUUUUGGCUACUUUCAUGGCUUCGACUUGGUCGAACCGGUCCUGAUAUUCCAAAUAUUUGAGUUUCAACAAAUCUGAAAAUUGUAAUUGGGAUUAAAAUAAUUAAAAUCAAUUUUUACCAUUGA